ACCCACAGCAGACAUUCACACACCCGGGCGCCGAAAGGAAAGCCGCGUCUCGCCUUCCCGCUCCGCCGCCAGUCCUGUCUUGGCCCCUCAGCAGAGCGGGAAAACGGAGGCCGGAGCCGUGACCUCUGACCCCGUGGUUAUGCAGAGCCGCCGCAUUCCUUAGCGAUCGUGGGGCUGCUGCUGCUGCUGCUACCGCUGCCGCCGCCGCCGUGGGCGACUGACGCAGCGCGGGCGCGUGGAGCCGCCGCCGCCACCCCUCCCCCAUCACCGCCUUCGCGCCGGGUCUCGCUCCAGCCGGUCCCUGCGCGCCCGCCCCCUAUCCCCGGCCGCACCCGAGUUCUCGCGCGCCGCCGCCGCCGCCACGCGCCCCCCGCCGCCGCCGCUGCCGCCGCCACCCCGCACCGUCGCCCCCCCAGCCCGCCCUGCCGGGAGGUCCCGCGUGGAGCCGCCGCCGCCGCCACCGCCUGGGAGGAGGAGGAGGAGGAUGAAGGACAAACAGAAGAGGAAGAAGGAGCGCACGUGGGCCGAGGCCGCGCGCUUGGUACUGGAAAACUACUCAGAUGCUCCAAUGACACCAAAACAGAUUCUGCAGGUCAUAGAAGCAGAAGGACUUAAGGAAAUGAGUGGGACAUCCCCUCUUGCGUGUCUCAAUGCCAUGCUACAUUCCAAUUCAAGAGGAGGAGAGGGGCUGUUUUAUAAACUGCCUGGCCGAAUCAGCCUUUUCACACUCAAGAAGGAUGCCCUGCAGUGGUCUCGCAGUCCGGCCGCAGUGGAGGGGGAAGAGCCAGAGGACACCGCUGACGUGGAGAGCUGCGGGUCUAAUGAAACCAGCACUGUGAGUGGUGAAAAUGAUGUGUCACUUGAUGAAACAUCUUCAAAUGCAUCCUGUUCUACAGAAUCUCAGAGCCGGCCUCUUUCCAAUCCCAGGGACAGCUACAGAGCUUCCUCCCAGGCAAACAAGCAAAAGAAAAAGACUGGGGUGAUGCUUCCUCGGGUUGUCCUGACUCCUCUGAAGGUAAACGGGGCCCACGUGGAAUCUGCAUCAGGGUUCUCGGGCCGCCACGCCGAUGGCGAGAGCGGCAGCCCAUCCAGCAGCAGCAGCGGCUCCCUGGCCCUGGGCAGCACUGCUAUUCGUGGCCAGGCUGAGGUCGCCCGGGACCCUGCCCCGCUCCUGAGAGGCUUCCGGAAGCCAGCCACAGGUCAGAUGAAGCGCAACAGAGGGGAAGAGAUAGAUUUUGAGACACCUGGGUCCAUUCUUGUCAACACCAACCUCCGGGCCCUGAUAAACUCUCGGACCUUUCACGCCCUGCCAUCCCACUUCCAGCAGCAGCUCCUCUUCCUUUUGCCUGAAGUGGACAGACAGGUGGGAACAGAUGGCCUGCUGCGUCUCAGCAGCAGUGCACUGAAUAAUGAGUUUUUCACCCAUGCGGCCCAGAGCUGGCGGGAACGCCUGGCUGAUGGUGAAUUCACUCAUGAGAUGCAAGUCAGGAUACGACAGGAAAUGGAGAAGGAAAAGAAGGUGGAACAAUGGAAAGAAAAGUUCUUUGAGGACUACUAUGGACAGAAAUUGGGUUUGACCAGAGAAGAGCUGUUGCAGCAGAACGUGGGUCAAGAGGAGGCUGGAAUCAAGAGUGACUUGCGUGUCCCGGGAGAAUCAGCACGGCCACAGCGUGGUCUAGCCACCCGGCAGCGAGAUGGGCAUUUCAAGAAACGCUCUCGGCCAGAUCUCCGAACCAGAGCCAGAAGGAAUCUGUACAAAAAACAGGAGCUAGACCAAGGAGGGAUUGUUAAAGAUGCACAGUCUAUGGCACCAGACAUCCCCCUCUACAAGGAAGGGGAGGCUAAGACUGACUCAGCAGGUGUAGGCAGUCCCCACCUGCCCAGCACAUCCUCUACAGCACCUGACCCUGAGGGUCCCAGAUUCACAGUGGAAACUGGGGCUUCUCGGAUCCAGGCCGAUCCAGACGACCUGGCACGGGCCUCUGCCUCUCCAGACAGAAUUCCCAGCUUGCACCAGGAGACUGUUGAUCAGGAACCUAAGGAUCAGAAGAGGAAAUCCUUUGAGGAGGCAGCCUCUGCAUCCUUUCCCGAAAAGAAGCCCCGGCUUGAAGAUCGUCAGUCCUUUCGUAACACAAUUGAAAGUGUUCACUCCGAAAAGCCACAGCCCACCAAAGAGGAGCCCAAAGUCCCGCCCAUCCGGAUACAACUUUCACGUAUCAAACCACCCUGGGUGGUUAAAGGUCAGCCCACUUACCAGAUAUGCCCCCGCAUUGUCCCCAUCACGGAGUCCUCCUGCCGGGGCUGGACUGGUGCCAGGACCCUCGCAGACAUUAAAGCCCGUGCUCUGCAGGUCCGAGGGGCGAGAGGUCACCACUGCCAUCGAGAGGCGGCCACCACUGCCAUCGGAGGGGGGGGUGGCCCGGGUGGAGGUGGCGGCAGGGCCACCGAUGAGGGAGGUGGCAGAGGCAGCAGCAGUGGUGAUGGUGGUGAGGCCUGUGGCCACCCUGAGCCCAGGGGAGCCCCAAGAACCCCUGGAGAGUGUGCGUCAGAUCUACAGCGAACACAACUACUGCCGCCUCGUCCUCUAAAUGGGGAACACACCCAGGCUGGAACCGCCGCAUCCAGAGCCAGGAGGGAGCACCUGGCCUCUCUCAGAGAGGAGGAGAGCUGCCCACCACAGAGGGCACCAGGCGCAAGUGGGCCAGAAGAUGCCUCCCAACUCCCUGUUGCUCCCACUGGGGAUCAGCCAUGCCAGGCUUUGCCCCUGCUGUCCUCCAAAACCCCAGCACCUGAGAGAUUAGUUGAGCAGCCUCCGUUGCAUCUAGAUGUUAGAACUGAAUGUGAGUCUGGUUCCACUUCCUGGAAAAGGGGUGAUGAGGAGCAAGGAGCUCUUCUCUCCAUCAUCAGUGGUCCCGUUCCGUCUCUGGUGGGGGAUGUUGUAUUAGAAGACAGGACUGGCCAGACUCUGGACAGUGACAGUAAUCCAACCAUGAAGGAUCCUGUGAAUGUGAUCCCCAGUUCCACCCCUGAAUCAUCAUUGGCUGGCUGCCUACAGGACAGACAAUUUGAUGACGAAUUAGGACUUGGCGACUCAUGCCUACCCAUGAGGGAAAGGGCUACUAGAAAAGAAGACUUGAAAACUGAGGCUCUCAUCCCCAACGGUGCUGCUCCUGGGAUGCCUGGCCUGUCAAAGAAUGAGGCAGUGGGACAGCCCGAACCAGGCUCCAGAGAGGAUGUUCCAUCUGUUGAGCCCCAGGUCGGAGAAGAGUGGGAGAGGGCUGUUCCCCUCAUUCCGGCAUUGCCUGAGGGGUUGACAGCUGAAGAGGGUCUAGAUCUCCCCAACUGUCCUUCACUCUGGGCAGUGACAUCUCGGGGCUGCAUUGACAGCACAGGCAACGACGGCAAACAGGCAGAAGUUGACAAGCUGAAAAUCAAUGGAGACUCUGAAGCACUGAGUCCUCACAGCGAGUCCACAGACACAGCCUCUGACUUUGAAGGCCACCUUUCUGAGGAGAGCAGUGAGGCUGACCCUAGUGAUGCCACAGUGAUGAAGAGAUCCUCAGUGGUGGACAAGGAGGAGAAACACGAUUGGAACCACUCUGCUGCAUGCUCCAAGGUGAAUAGUGACCAGAAUCUGGUUACAAGGACAGACAGGGUAAUUGCCUCUCAGAGCUGGGUCUCUCGCGUAUGUGCGGUCCCCCAGAAGAUCCCAGAUUCCCUGCUGCUGGCUAGUACUGAGUACCAGCCGAGGCCCACAUCCCUGGGCAGGCCUGGGUCCUCAGUGGAGGCCACUAACCCACUUGUGAUGCAGUUACUGCAGGGCAACUUGCCUCUAGAGAAGGUUCUUCCUCCAGCCCUCUCUGGCAGCAAACCUGAAUACGCAUGCCUCCCACUUGCGAAAGAGCAGGGGAUGGGAUCUUCGCGAGAUUCUGGGGGUAACAGUUGCGUGGUUGGCGGGAGCAGCCCUGACAGCUGUGAAGCAAGCACUGGUCCUGCCAGGCUGGAGGCUGCCCAGACUCCAGGUGCGCCCCAAGAGAUUUCCAAGACCGUCCCAAGUUUAGAUUCCCUGUAUCCAGUGACAAAUCUGACGGCUGCCUUUGGGAAAGUAGAAGUGGAUUCCAAAGAACAGUUCUCUCCCUUUAGUUUUGAAGAACAGAAGGAAGGCCGUGAUCUGUCCCAGUGCAGUAAUUCAAACACUGCCCCAGGCAAAAGCCCAGGAAAUCUCACUACCUCGAGAGCCCCUUGUUUCUCAUCUCCAAAUGUGGUCUCCGUGGAUCCUGAUCAGACAGGUCAGGCCCUGGGUGAUCAGAACAGUGCUGGAGGCCAAGGGAAGAAGCUCUUUGGCUCUAGGAAUCUGGUGGCAGCUCUUCAGUGCCCCCGGCCUGUGGAGCCAAUGCCACUGCCUGCUGAUGCCCCUCCAGGUUUUCCCAGUAGGAAGUUGGGGACAAGUAAAAACUCUGUGUCUGGUGGGGUACAGACUGUCAAGGAAGACUGGGCUCCAAAGCCACCGCCUGUCUCCGUUGGCAGCAUCAAGAGUGAGAAGAGUUUUGUUGGGGUACCUCCUCUCAAGGCGAAUGCAGAGAACAGAAACACAGCAGGGCCUGGUCCUCGGGAUCUGGUGGAUCACUUGCAAGCGAUGCCCUUUGUCCUUGACCUGCCCUUCUGGAAAUUGCCCCUAGAGCCUGGGAAAGGACUCAGUCAGCCUCUGGAGCCUUCUUCUAUCCCCUCCCAACUCAACAUCAAACAGGCAUUUUAUGGGAAGCUUUCCAAACUCCAGCUAAGUUCCACCAGCUUUAAUUAUUCCUCCAGCUCCCCAACCUUUCCCAAAGGCCUUGCUGGAAGUGUGGUGCAGCUGAGCCACAAAACUAACUUUGGUGCGAGCCACAGUGCAUCACUUUCCUUGCAGAUGUUCACCGACAGCAGCACAGUGGAGAGCAUCUCACUCCAGUGUGCGUGCAGCCUGAAAGCCAUGAUCAUGUGCCAGGGCUGUGGUGCAUUCUGUCAUGAUGACUGUAUUGGACCCUCAAAGCUCUGUGUAUUGUGCCUUGUGGUGAGAUAAUAAAUUAUGGCCAUUGGAAAAGUUGUAUAUUUAGUGUGUGUAUUUUGAUAAUGAUUGAUCUUUAAUCUGUAUACAGAAUAUCAUUGAUAUAUAGACUCUGUCUCUUUAGGCAAGAGCACUCUUGCCUCUCCCUAAAAUUUAUAGUGCUAAAGGCCCUCUUUGUCACAACCUUCCUGUCUUGCUGGAAGGGUUUCCCACAGGGCAACUCAUUGGGCUGCUCAAGCCCAGCCGGCCAGCUGAGCCUUCAUGUAGACAGAGCCUGGUGUGGCAUGGGGAGCCUGCCUGACACCCAGAGGGACUUGAAACUGAAGAAGGAAGGUUGUGUUCUCUAUGGAGGGAACUAACCUACCCGAACAAGUAGAAAUGCCAGUCUUCCACUGCUCCCUCCCUGCCAUCUUUCCUUAUGCUACUGAGGGAGCUGAUGGUUGGGGAAGAACCAGCACAGGGUUAAGGUAACUCCUUGCAGUGCCCACCAGGGGGCUCAAGCACCUGCUGACCUCAGGGUCACAGUUCAUUCUGAUGCCGGUUGAUGGAGCCCUUUUGACCUUUGGUUCUGUUGCUGAAGCAGAUUUGGGACUUUGCUGUCUCAUUACAAUCCACUGGCCCACAAGAGCUUUUGGAACCUUGAAUAGACCUGCUUGAACAAUGGGGUCGGGCAUAAGGUUGUCUGUCUUAAAAUGCCAUCUGUAGACCUUGUAAGUCAGAUGUCCAGAUGUUUGGCAGGUCAGUGUCUCUGCCUGACACCCUCCUCGUCACUUUGGACUUAUGGGAGCGGGCAUCUCCAUGCACCUGUGUAUGUGAAAGUCAUUUUACAUUUCAAAGCAGUGUGUGUUUCUUAUUUUUAUAUUUUUAACUCUUUAUCCUUGGAUGUAUAAAGUGAAUUUUUGGGCUUCUGUAAGUAUGCUCUAUGCACCUCUGAUGUUUUAUCAUGUAUUUAUAUGUUGUACACAGUACUGGCCAAUUCUGUAAAUGGAUGUAUUGUACAGAGAACAUGAACGUCUCUCCCUUUACGUCUUGGGCAUCACUGCAUUAAAAUGGUGUAAUAGACUUCUCUCCACCUGUGUCAGAGCCACUGCAUGCUGUGCUGCCCGACCCGAGGGUGGAGUGAUUGACUUGGGAUCUGCCAGGUUGGUCUGGUGCCUUGUCAUGGGCUACCUGGCAGACCUGCUGUAGCCUGCAGAGCCACCGGCAGCCUGCCUGCCUGCUGCUGAGCAAACGUGUCUUGCUCCUCGCAUCUCUUCUCCAACCUUCACUGGCUGCUCACUGCCAUAUGUGACAAAUCACCACCACCAGUGUUAAGUGCUUCUGAAUUCAAGGGUGAGCACCCUGGGCAGCCCCCAGAUGGGCCUUCUAGACCUAGCGCCAGGGCCACUACCUGUCAGCAAUACCUGGGACCGCGCGCUCCUGGGGCCACAGGGCUCCUUUUGACAUACUUUUGACAGCAGGUUGGGAAGGCAACAGCCAGGCCUGCUGCCUGCCUCUCUCCUAACACAAUUCUAACAAAUAGAUGUCUCCAUAGGUAUCUUUCCUCACCCCGCUUCCUGCCUUAUUUCUUGUACCUCGACUUGUUGCAGAGUUGAGAGUCCUUGUUUAACUUCAGUCUCCCUGUGUGAGUGCUUCUGUGUGAAGUAUAAAGUCGGUGUGACCUCAGCAGAUCUCAUUUCGUCCGCAAGGUCUUUUUUAUUUUUUUUCUCCCAUCUCAUCCGAUGUGGCAUUCUUGUCAUCUGAAGCCUGAGUGAGAAGUUGGCAAUGACGUGGUGGUGAUUGAAAUGCAGUAUUGGCCAAAUCCAAGUUGUCAACUUCAAGAGUCUGUUUACCAAAGACAGGGAGCAGAGGCCCAAGUGUGUUUGAUCCUCUUCUUCCUUCUGUUGUGACCUUUGGGGCCACUCUAGGGUACAGUUUGAAACUGGUCCGGUCUGUGGGGCUUCCCAGGGAAAGCACUGCUCUUGUAUGUCUCUUGUGGCAUUGGAAAAAUAAACCUGUACAA